AUGAGAAAAGAACUAUACGUGUCAUCCCUCAAAAAGUUGGAAUUCAUAGGCCCCUUUGUCUCUUCUACAGGAGUGCCAUCCUAUGCGAAUCCUUCAAUUACGGUAGAACCAAAAAAAACUGAAUAUGAUCUUGGUGACAAGGUUUCGCUAGAUUGCAAUAUUGCUGGUAUUCAAUUCAUAUAUGCUUCCAUAUACUAUAAAUUUUUUUGGAAGAAGAAUGGAAGAAACAAAGAAAAAUGUGAAACAAAAAACUGUAAAAGAACGCUUGUUAUUAAAGCAGAAUCUGAAGGAACCUACUUAUGCUUGAUAGAAAGAAAGUAUGUUAAUUAUAAAUCAUACAGAAGCUUUACUUUGAAAGUCAAAGAGCUUGCCAGACCCAAAAUUUACAUUGAAAACGACGCAGACGCAUUCUUACUUGGUGAAGGAAAGAAUUUGACGUUUACCUACAACGUUACGUCUUAUCCUGCUGCCGAAAUCUCUUGGUCGCGUUUGAAAUAUGAUGGAUCAAACUAUCAGUUACUAACAAGUUGUUUUGCCCAUGAACAACACUGCGAAAAUCAUGACGGACAAGAAAAAAUUACAAGAAACAAGUUCGAAGUAAAGUCUGUCAGAUUCCCUGAUGACAGUUUAACCUAUCAGAUAAAUGCUAGCAAUAAGAAAGGAUAUGAGAUUAAGAAGAUUUCAAUAAUAAAACUAGAGCUUGCCACACCCAAAAUUUACAUUGAAAACGACGCAGACGAGUUCUCACUUGGUGAAGGAAAGAAUUUGACGUUUACCUACAACGUUACGUCUUAUCCUGCUGCCGAUAUCUUUUGGUGGCGUUUAAAAUAUAAAGGAUCCAACUGUCAGUUACUAACACGUUGUUUUGCCCAUGAACAACACUGCGAAUAUCAUGACGGACAAGAAAAAAUUACAAGAAACAAGUUCGAAGUAAAGUUUGUCAGAUUCCCUGAUGACAGUUUAACUUAUCAGAUAAAAGCUGGCAAUGUAAAAGGAAAUGAGAUUAAGAAGAUUUCAAUAAAAAAACUAGUUGUACUUGAAAUUGACAUUAAAGACACAAAAAGAUUUUUAAAGAAAGGAUUUUCGGUCCUAAACUGUACGUUGAAGAAGAAAUUUGACCUACAAGAAAUAACCUUCAAAUGGUACAUGUGCCAAUCUGAUAUCUGUCAUGAUCAUAAGAACGAGAUGGAAUAUAUUUCAUCAAACUAUUCUUUAACAGUGAAGAUAGAGGGCAGGUAUCGCUGUACUGCCAACAAUAGCGGUGAAAUAAAUACAUCACCAAUAAUAACAGUUACAAAAGAAUCCAAACCAACACCAACAGUUGAACGAAAACCAUUUCAACAAAAGAGUAUAAGUACUGAGCAAGUUUCACAUUUGUCAAGUGGCAAUGGACAGAAGAAAAAAAUGAUGAUGUUGGUCAUACUUAUAGGCAUCCUCACUCUUGUCAUUUUGCUCAUUACUUCUUAUGUAUUGUACAAAAGGAAGAAAAUUUACGGUGGUUUUUAUCUCCUUUCUUAUCCUCCAUUGCCUGACUACAUUGAAAAGAUUGAUAUGAAUGGAGAUAUACACGAGCAAAUACAAAGUCUUCCAUUCAUACCAGAAUGGGAGUUUCCAAGAGAAAGAAUAAAAUUCAUAAAUGAACUUGGGUCUGGUGAAUUUGGGGUGGUUUGGCUUGCAGAAGCAAUCGGUAUCUCAGCAUUUCGUCCAAGAGACAUCCUGAGAGAGAAAGGAAGUCGAAGAAGAUUUUCAUUUUUUAACAGAAUGGUCAAAAGAAACAGUUACGUGUACAGCAGAGAAGUUACAAAAGUUGCUGUGAAGAAAAUCAAAGAUGAUGGGGAUCGAAACAAACUCAUUGAUUUGCAGUCAGAGUUGAAAAUAUUGAUUCAUGUUGGCGAAAAUGAAAACAUUGUAAACAUAUUAGGAGCUUGUACAAAAGGUGAAAGAACAAGUUUGUGUAUCAUUACGGAGUUCUGUGAACACGGAAAUCUUCGUCAAUUUCUCCGUGACAGUCGAAACAGAUACAAUCAAGACAAGGAAUACCUGAUGAACGAUUUAUCACUAGAUUUUGGACCACAAAAUCUGAUUCAAUGGGCGUAUCAUAUUAUACAAGGCAUGGAAUUCUUAAUAUCCAGGAAGAUCAUUCACCGGGACCUAGCUGCUCGUAACAUUCUACUUGGUACAGGUUACAUAGCCAAAGUUGGAGACUUUGGCUUGGCAAGAGAUAUUUACAAGUAUCAAGUUUACACGAAGAACACACCGGGAUUACUUCCUUUGAAGUGGAUGGCAAUUGAGUCAAUCAAGGAUUCUGUUUACACGGAGAAGUCUGAUAUGUGGUCGUUUGGAGUAGUUUUAUUUGAACUGUUUACCUAG